AUGCCUGUUCAGCAUCAAGGUGAUUCCAACACUAGUAAUAUUGGGUUUCCUUUGCAAGAUUUUAAGCAUGUGCCAAUGAAUUUCUGCUUAGAUGAGAUUGGUGGAAAUAGUUAUGGUAAUGAAGGAAGGGUUUUGUUUCCUUUUGAGGAUUUAAAACAAGUUUCUAGCAAUAAUAACACAACAUUGGGUUUGGAUCAGAAUAAUGAUAAUAAAGGAGAUCAACAAGGUUAUACAAGUGGAUUUUGGAAUGACAUGUUGGGAGGAGGAGGAGGAUAUCAUAGUAAUUGA